AUGGCGGAGCAGAAUCUCGAAUCCGCGAAGGAUGCGAUGGAAACAACCAAGAUCAAGGAGAACGCCAACUCUACAAACGAAAACUUGUCAAACGAUUCAGAACACACUACGACGGAGCCUAUAUCGGCUAGCAUGACGAAGCCCACCACCGAACCUGCAAGAGCGCCCACCGUGGAGCCAGAGACGAACGUAGAAUUGAUGAAAGUCACGAUCGAACCAACCUCGAUUGUCGAGAUAGACUCCGCGUUCAAGGAGAGGAUGGAACGCAUGUUCAAGCCGACACCUCCCAUUCCCAAUGGCGAGGUUGCUACGCAAGAGCCCCCUGGAAUUGCGCCGAGAACGGAGACGUCUACAGAGUCAACGACGGAAUCUUUGAACACGUCCACAAGCAUCACUUCACUGGUUCAAACUCUUCCAAAGAAAGCUGCCUCACUUGCGACAGCAAAGACAAAAUCUCAUCCCGCAACACAAAUCCCGCCUGAAAUCAUCAUCACGUCUUGUCCUGAGCCGCCCACAGAGACCCCGAAAGUCGAGAUCACAGCUCGACCCACAGCCGAACCACACAGCAACCCAUCGCGGACCGAGAACAUACUCUCAAGACUGGAGCUGAUCGAACCAGACGAAAUCUCCGAGCAGGAGCUCGCCGCCCUCGACGCAUUCGCCCACGGCAUGUCUCCAGCAACCUCAGGAGCAGCAGCCGAGGCCGCUCGCAUGCUCGACAAGCUCUGUCCUGCCCCGAGCCAGACCGAAGAAGUCAACAAUUGGCUGUACACGACCUGGAUGGUGAUGAUAGACGUCGCGGCGAGCGCGGACGCGUCAGAGGAGAUCCGCGAACGUCUCAUCUGCAUCCUAGAAAACUUGGCCCAAUGUGCCAAAGGGAACGUGAAAGUCUGGGGGAAGGAGAGGCGUCUGUGGAGAGAUCUGCCUGUGCUCCCCAUCUCUUUCGAGCCCUACUUCUCCGCAGACCCGACCAUGGCGUGGGAAGCAAAGGAAGUCACCCCCGAGUCGUCACAAAACUGGCGACACAUCAGCUCCUUCGCCGCGCGACUCAUGGGCGCAGGUCUCGCCGGCGCCUACGACCAAGCCAUGUACGCCCUCAAGGCGGCGCUGGAGGAGGAGCCGAGCACCAAGCCGGGCUUCGCGGAGUGCAGGAUGCUCGUCGCGUGUUCGUGGAUCAAGCACGCCGGAGUAGCUCUCCUCCGAUGGGCGCUGAAGAACCCCGACCACGCCGACGUUCCAAGGGACAGCACGCCGGUGUACCUGAGGGGAGGCUCUCUCUACCACGGACCAAGCACCGUGUGCCUCCGACGAUGGAGUUUCUGGAUCGAGAGGCUCGAGAAGCUGGGCAAGGAGGAGUCUGUCAUCGGCGAGGAGGCCCGCAAGGCGGCGCUGGAAGCUGUAGAGAUUAUGAGGGAGGUCGAGAAGCGCAUCGGAAACACUCUAUAG